GAAAUAUGGUGUAAUACUGAGAAAUUCGAGUCGAUGUCACGUUGUAGAAGUACAAGAAGAAGAACGUGACGCCAGGGACGACGCCGAUUCCACCCGAUCCCUGGCUGCUGAGGCUGCGGCUGGGAAGCUUUCCGGACUGCCCACAAGGCUUCAGCUUAUAGAAGGUCUCCAUAAACAAGCUGCGGAAGAAAUCUCGCCAAUUCACCAAUUAAACCUCGCAUCUCUGGAUUUAUCGACUACCGCCGCUCUCUGAAUUCCUUGCGCACCUUCCGGAGUCAAAGAAAAGAAGGUACUAAACAGAAGAGCAAAACUUUCGCUGAACGACCUUUUCCGACAAGCCGCUUCUCGUCGUCGUAAGCAGGUUUUGCCAUGGACCGGAGAAACUGGGGAUAUGGUGGUGGUGGCGGCGGCGGAGGAGGAGGAAACUAUCGAGCUGACUACGGAAAUAAUUAUAGAUCUGACUACAAUAACUAUGGAGGAAAUUAUGCUGGUAGUCAUGGUGGCUACAACUCCUACAAUAACUCUUACGACAAUUCUUACAACUCCUAUAACAACGCCGACCACUUUACCCCACCAUCUAAUCGGGGAUAUGGAGGAAGGGAUGGCUAUGGAGGCUAUGCCCCAAAUGGACGUUUCUUCCCACCUGCUGGACCACCAGGGAGAAUGGGGGGACCCGCUACGCCUCCUCAAAGGCCAGCUGCAAGAGGUAGAGUGGACUGGAAGAAAAGGAGGCGUGACAAUAAUGCCUCGAGAGAAACUAAGAGUGCAGCAUUUCUAGAGAGAAAGAAGCGCACUCUUUUUCUUCGCAACUGUCCAGAGAAGCCUGAAGAUGCCUUAAAAGAGGAACUUAAAACAUUAUUUGCAGAGUGUGGAAAAGUUGAACAGGUUACAAUAAAUAAACAAGAACUCAGCUGCCUCCCUGGACCAGAAAAGAAAGUCUCAAUAGAGGUGCGCAUAGUUAUGGGAACAGAAGAGGAAGCUAAGAAAGGCUUGGAGAAACAUGGAACAGUCAUUGAGGAUCGUCAUCUUGUUGUAUCUCGGCAAGAGAGUGAUUUUGAGUCUUGGAAAACGACUGUUGUCUGUUGCCUCAACAUAUCUCUUGAUGUUGAUGAUGAAGAUCUGUGGAGAUUUUUUGAUGAAUGUGGUAAGAUAAAGAAUGUGAAAAGAGUAAAUGCCACAAGUGGGGAUGGUCGUUUGUAUGGUCAAGUUCAUUUUGAGAAUGAGGAAGAAGCCCAGAAAGCUCUUAGUUUAGAUGGCAAAGAGUUGAAAGGCAAACCUGUUAAGUUGAGAAUGUGGGCAUCUCUUAAGGACCGUCCUGGUCUUGGUGUUGUGGUUCUCAAUUUACCUUAUGGUAUUACAAGGAAGGAGGCAUUGGAAUUUAUGGAUGGAUGUGGUGAUAUUUCCAACCUCAAGAUUGACUCAGCUGAGACAACCAACCGCAGAGCUGUAUUUGUAUUUUGGGAUGCUGAUGGCGUUGAGAAAGCCAUUUUACGUGACCGACAAGAGCUAAACAAGCAAGAAGUGCGUGUUUUGCCUUGGGAUGGCCAACGACUGAUUAAUCCAGUGUAUUUGGCUGAUCUUCCUCCAGCAAUUCUGGAAGUUGACAUCUGGAAAGUAUUCCAAGUCUGUGGAAUCAUUGAACAUGUUCAUAAAGAAAUGAAGAAGAAUAACAUCAAAGCUUAUAUUGAGUUCCAGGAUCCAGAGAGUGUUGUCAAAGCUCAAACCCUCGAUGGAAUUCUGAUCAAAGGAUCAUCUGUUAAAGUAAUGGCAGAUAAGGAUGAGUGGGAUAAUUAUCCACCAGCGCCAACAGCAGUCUCUCAAGCAGGAACUCAAAAUGGUCAAAGUGAACAAAAUUCUGCUUCAGUUAAGGAGGAAGCUUCUGAAGAAUCUAAGGUAGAGCAUUCAGGAGAACAAUCUAAUGCUGAAUCAGAUGCGAAUGUAAAAGAAGAACAUCAAGAUGGAGAAGAUGAGGAACAUGGUGAAGGCCAAGAUGAAGCACAUGAGGCUCAUGAUGAAGCACUGGAAGCUCAUGAUGAUGCCCAAGGAAGUGAAUGUAAUCCUGAAGGUUCACAAGAGGAAGCAAAUGAAACAUCUGCUGAUGAGGUCAAACAAGAGUCAGAAGAGGUUGCUGAAAUUCAGGAGGGGCGUAGCACUCGCAAGCGGAGAGCUGCGACAGCCACCCCACUGAAAACUCCACCCAAAACUCGACGAGGGCGAUAACUUUUGCUGAUUUUAGUAAACUAACUUCUAUCUUAAAUUUUUCUUUCAUACUCACUUUUUUCUUUUUAUUGCGUUUUCUCAGUUUUCAACGACUUAGGUAUAUUGUCAGCCUUGCAUCUCUGGCAUUGCCAAUGAAUGGAACAUCACUCAAUUUUUUGCAGUACAUAAAGAAGAAUUCUUUCAUCUGCUACUAAUUUCUCUUUUUAUACAUGUAUUGAAUACAUUAAGAAUAUUCUGGCCAAGUCCCUCUUUGACAAGUGUAUUGUUUUUUUGUUUUUAUUUCUAUAUUUGUUUACCACACUCUGAGAUGGAGAACUCAGAUUUCUGUAAAUUGAAUCCAGCCUUAUACAAUAAGCAUUUACCUCUAGAGCAAUUUAACUGCUUGUAUGUACAAGCAUGCUCGCACAGUUUGCACCCUGUGUUCAAUGUCCUACUCAGUACAAAAUGAGAAUUAUUACAAUUAGUUAAUUUUCAGGCUUUAUUUGGGAGGGAUUUGCAUUUUGUUCAAUGGAAUUGAAUUAUUGUAACUAUAACUUAUAUUAUAAUUCAAAUGACCCUUUGGUACUGAAAUACAAGUUGUACUUACCAAAUUGUACAGCAAUACAGGAGCAUUGUUUCUUCCAUUAUUCCUACAUGUAGGGGGGGGUAAAGGAGCACUAUUCCUUAACUGUGAGAAGAUAUAAUUGGUGUGGUUGUUGUAGACUUAAGAAUUACAGAAGUAAUUCUUUUAUUAUAAUUUCACCUUUCUAUGAUGUUUUAAUUGAAAUAUUUUUAUCGUUCUGAGGGGUCAGGACAGCUGUUGAAGUUUGAGAAGGGCUUUUUCAUUUAGUAAAGUAUCACUUCUUAGCUGAGCGUUAUUUAAUUAGACUUUCAUCAGUAAGUCAACCAUUUCAAAUCUAGCUAGCGCUAUAUUGUUGUCUGCACUUCUAAUAUUUCAUGAUACUACAGAUCAGGCUUUCUUUCAAUUUCUUAUCAAGUAAUGAUGAACUUGUUUGUAUAAUAUAUAUCUGUAUUGACCUAAAAUAUGUUUGAUUUAGGCUAAGGACCAAUAUGAAGAAGUGUAUUAUCAUUGAUUGUGUGUACAGUUUCUGCUUUGAAAAUCAUACAAACUUGGAGACCAAACAAAUACUUUACUGUCCAAGCCCAAAUCAAUUUUUUCACACCGGCAGUAUCAGUAAGCUAUGAGCAUCAAUGAGUACUUUGCAAUUAUUGUUUUAAUAUUUCACCGCAAUGAUCAUAUCAAAGUAUCUUCUAGUUUCCAGUCAUUAAUCUCUUUUGUAAGAUUUUGUGUGCAUAACAAAUUACAAAUAUACUCAUUGUUGGCAUGGCAAUAGAAAGGUGUGUAAUUCUUCUGUUCAAAAUUUCUUUUAAAGGGGUAAUUUUGUAGUAAAGAUAGUGCGACAUUGGUCAGUGUUUUAGGAGGGCAUGCAAUCAAACUGUUAAAGUACCUCAACAAUUAUGUACUAAUAUUUAAAAUUCAUAAUGGAAAUCAUGUGAAAAUUAUUAGUAAAUCAUGAUAAGUAUAUUA